CUCUCUCUCUCUCUCUCUCUCUCUCUCUCUCUCUCUCUCUCUCCUUUGGUCUCUCACUGCCUCUCUAUCUUGCCUGAUACAUGCAAGUUUAAUCCGUGGAAAGCGGGUCCGUGCCAGCGAGUGUAUGUGUGUGUGUCUGUGCGUGUGUGGAUUUUCUCCUGAUGAACGAACACAUUUAUGUUCGACAGAACAAAAGGAAGCCUCUGCCGAACUUGUGUGCAACUGCCGGCGCUGUUGGACACGCCGGUUCCCCACAGCUUCCUGAGCUUCUCUUUGUAGCUAUCUCCGUAUUUACCGAUCUGCCGUGUGAACGGAACUGGUCAGUCUAACAUUUGGAUUAUUCAUUUAUAAGUUAGCAGUUGCUGAAUCUGUUGGCUUUAAUACUGACUGGACACCGACUGUGGAAUCCGGGAUUCUAAUCUAAGAGAAAAUUCACUUUCUUUUUGUGGUUUGGGCAGAAGAAGAAAUAAAUGGUAAAAUGAGCCAUCUUCCUGAGAGGUGCCGGAGAAUUGUGCGUGUGUGUGGCAUUGUGUGUGUGUCCGCCCCGGUGUGUUAGUGUGGCUGCCCACCCAGAAAACGUCAGGGUCUUGGGGCUGGUACUGGGGGGAGGAGACCUGACCCUGCCUUCUUCAGGGGACGCGCGUUUGAGCCGGUCAGAAUUCUCCACUUGAUUCCACCGCUGCCUCCUCUCUGGGUCUGGCACAGUUCGGAAACAGGAGCGUUUGAACCGGGACACUUGCGGAGGAAGACUGGGACACCUCAUUCUGGGCUCUGCAUAGAGGAGCCUCUCUGUGAGAAUCGGGUCUCCCUGCCCUGCCUCCAGCCACCCCCCCGGGUGGGCUGGUGCGACUCCUGCACCCGCUGAGCGAGGGUCCCCUGGGUCAGCAUGCAGGUUUCCUUCGUUUGUACGGAUCACCGGGGCGUAAGCCGCAGCACUGAGGACCGGCUCAAUCGGCAGAACGCCAACAGCCCCGGCACAGGCACGCGCAGCAAGUUCCGCACCGUGGCCAUGGUGGCCCGCAGCCUGGGUCAGCUGUCGGUGCAGACCGUCCCCUCCUCCAGCGACCAGAGCAUGAGGACGGGCAUGAAGUAUAGAAACCUUGGAAAAUCCGGGCUGAGGGUGUCCUGUCUCGGGCUGGGAACAUGGGUGACGUUUGGGGGCCAGAUCACGGAUGAGAUGGCCGAACAGCUGAUGACUCAUGCCUAUGAGAGCGGGAUUAACCUGUUCGACACAGCUGAGGUCUACGCAGCGGGAAAGGCUGAGGUCACCCUGGGAAACAUCAUAAAAAAGAAAGGUUGGAGGCGUUCAAGUCUGGUCAUCACUACAAAGAUCUUCUGGGGCGGAAAAGCGGAAACGGAGAGGGGUCUGUCCCGGAAGCACAUCAUCGAAGGUCUGAAGGCUUCUCUGGAGAGGCUGCAGUUAGAAUACGUAGAUGUGGUGUUCGCCAACAGGCCAGACCCCAAUACGCCCAUGGAAGAGACGGUGCGAGCGAUGACCCACGUGAUCAAUCAGGGGAUGGCUAUGUACUGGGGCACGUCCCGCUGGAGCCCCAUGGAGAUCAUGGAGGCGUACUCUGUGGCCCGGCAGUUCAACCAGAUCCCUCCCAUCUGUGAGCAGGCUGAGUACCACAUGUUUCAGAGAGAGAAGGUGGAGGUGCAGCUCCCAGAGCUCUUCCACAAGAUUGGUGUCGGUGCGAUGACGUGGUCCCCACUGGCCUGCGGGAUCAUCUCAGGGAAAUACGACAGUGGGGUUCCCCCCUACUCACGAGCCUCCCUGAAGGGCUACCAAUGGCUGAAGGACAAGAUCCUGAGCGAGGAGGGCCGGCGCCAGCAGGCGAAGCUGAAAGAGCUGCAGGCGAUCGCGGAGCGGCUGGGCUGCACGCUGCCCCAGCUCGCCAUCGCGUGGUGUCUGCGAAACGAGGGCGUGAGUUCUGUGCUGUUGGGGGCGUCCAACACGGACCAGCUGAUGGAGAACAUAGGAGCGAUACAGGUCCUUCCGAAGCUGUCCUCGUCCAUCGUGCACGAGGUGGACAGCAUCCUGGGAAACAAGCCUUACAGUAAAAAGGACUACCGAUCCUAAGCUGCCGGGGGAGCUCCGCUCGGCACCCUUGCCUGUUCCCACUGUUUGCUUGAGCUUUUACCGAAUGAGAGACCGGCGCAGAAGACCCGCGUAGCCUCGGCCCCAGUGGGGGAAUCGUUUAGAGCCAGCGGCGGACGAGUCCAACCCAUUGGGGGGGUAGUGGGGGGGCCGCGAGGAGCGGCUGAUGAGAGCUCCGCGGGACAAGCGCUCGUAGAUACGUCACUCAAAUUCAGCAGAAACGUGUUUUCAAUCAUAGAAGAGAAAUACAAAAAAAAAAAAAAACUGCACACGCUUGCUUGGCAGUCAAAAUAAACUUUCUGAUUUAUUUUUUCCUCCUCUUUCUGGCCUUUAAAAUACUGUAUGCAUAAAAUGGUAAAAUGGAACAUAGGUCAAUAUAGAAACAGCGAAUGAUCUGUUGCACUUGUAACUAUAAGCAGUCAUUCCCGUUUGUGUUACGGUCUCUGAGAAAUGCACGUCCUCGGCCAUCAUGUCACCAUCUCCCGGGCGACCCUCGGCUCCCUGUCUGCUAGUCCCGUGCUCACACCUUCCUCUGAGAUGGAUAGAUAUAGUUGCGGAUAAGCCGAGAGGCCUUUGGCACUCAGAAGAUCCUCCGUCGUCAUCCUGCCCCUCCAACACUGUGGCUGUAUCGGGGAAACACCAGGCCAGCUGCAGGCCUAAAUCUCAAUCCAUGAGGCCUCCAUGUGCGGCCAGCUGUGGAAGCGGAGACUGUGUCUCUUUUUAAAACAUCUGACAAAACCUGGUCUUAACCUGGUUCUCAGUGUGGUUUGGGUGAGGUGCUUUUGACAGCUGUUUUAUUUUGCUGCCAGUUAACAUGUAAAAAGCCUGGUUGACCAGAUCAGAAAGUCACGCAAUUCACGAGUGACGACGAGUUUUAUCUAUGUCUCUCUAGCUAAGAAAUGCUUAUAAAAUGCUUUAACCACUGUGGUGUGAUGUGUGUCUUUAAAGCAGGAUUAGAUUCAGUGCUGGUUUUACACUAGACGUACCACCAGUGAAUUCUUCAGUUAUGUGCAAUGCAUCUCAUUAUAACAGGAAACAAAUAGAUUUUUAAGGAAUUAUCCAAGUCAACACAGUAAACCACCAGAAAGCUGUGUUAUAUACCUCUUUACCACUGGGCCUGGAUUUACUUAAGCUGGUCACUGAAAAUCGCAAAUAACACCUCACCAGUGGGAGCCCAGUUGUCAGCAACUGUUUCAGGGAGAGCAGACUGGCUGCUGGGGUCGUGUUCUGAGCUGUGAGACGGUUGGCUCGUUAGCGAGUAGGUCAGGAGCAGAAGCAGAGUUUGUGUACGACGCAGUCAUCAUUCAGCCAUUAUAUGUGACUUCUGUACACGUCAUGUUAGCGAUGAACCAUUGUCUUCAGACAGGUGACAUUUCAUGUGGUUCAAGCCAAAGAUUUCUGAGGUGUCUUUCACUGAUGUCUCCCCUCUGCUGAAAGGGAACAUUAUUUUUUCAUCUGCUGUCUGCCUUGUCAUUUUCCUUAUCGACUUAACGUGUUUAUUGGUUUUUGUCAUGCUGUUAGUGGUAAGAAAAUAAUUAUAUCUCAUAAAUUAAUAUAAAUAUAUGAUUAAAAAUUGAGUCUUUAAAUGGUACAUGAUUCUUUUGCUUCUGAUCAUAAGAAUUGUCAGUGUCUGAUUGCGUACUCAAGGGAUUUGAGUCUUCCACUGUGGCUGUCUUUGGACCCGACCGCACUCACGCCUCGGCUGGGAGUCCCGUGUCCAUCAGAACUUUAGUCUCACUGCGGAUACGUGGACAGCCAUGAACUGUGAAGUCCGUCUCCAUUGCACGCACAUUCUACAGAUGAGUGAGGAACGAGGCUGAAUCCGCGAAGACGUGUCGAGUGCUCAGUGUGACGUGCGUUUGACAACAGCUUCUACUUCUGGAGCUUCUGCCCUCCUUGGUCUUGGGAGAAGCUGCCGGGCAUCACUGUGUGGUUAUAAAUAGUUUUGUCAUUGUGUGGAGAGGAGUAAUUAGUGAGCAGCUCUCAUACUUUGUGUGGACUUUCUGUGCUCUAGUGAAACAUACGAGAAUUCCCAGGAAGUCAGACUUUCUUGCGGAAUUUGGAUGGAACCAUCCUCUUGUCCGGUUUGGAGUAUAUUGAACUGUUACCUCUGUGCAGUCUUUGUUUUCCUCCGUGUGGCUGGUCUACAUUUAUUGUACGUAGUUUAAAGUUAUGAGAACCCUGCAGUGACAUGACAGGUGUGUACUGAAAAAAAUGACAGCGGUGAUGAUGAAUCCAGGUCUGACGGCAUUAUGGUUGGAAAUUCUUCACUGACGUGUUGCCUGUGCUUAGCGCAUCUUCUGUCAGUCUGACUUUGCGGAGCAACCUUGUCCAUGUUGUCCUUUUUGUGCUCUCUGGCUCCACCAGCUGGGCACAGUGAAUUUUCAAUAACAAGCAAAUGAGCGACUGCCUGAGUACCUGUCUGUCGCUAUAUAAAAGCAAAACUAAUGGCAUAUUCAGUCAUCUGUGCACACUGUUAUUUUGUACAGAAUGUGACAGACUGAUUCUUCCCAUGGUGGUCUACAAUGAGCACGGUGUUUUAUUGUGGUCCAGUUAUGUGUGUUCAACAUGUCAGUUUAACACUGAAGGUUGAACUGCUGAUCUAUGCACGAGUGUAUUACCCAGGGUGCUUUGCGUGUUCUGUCCAGGAAAAAAUCAGCCUGAAUGGCCACAUACACAUGUCUAAUGUGCCAGUAUGUUUCAGUACAGACUGGAAUGUAUUAAAUUCGACCAGACUCUGACCCUGUAAUCUGAUUUAUCUUGUGGGCCCUGCUUUGGGUCCAUUUGCUAGCAGCAAGAACAGUAGGAAUCUUUGCCCAGAAAGCCAUUGUCUGGCCUGCAUUUCCCGUAUGUCUGCAUGUACAUGACAGCAUUGUCUCCAUGGUGUCCAUUGCAACUGAUCACCAGUAUUUUAUAUGUUAAUCGGUCUCCAUAUUUUUGUUGUGGUCUGUAAUGCUGAGCCUGAGGCCAUAGACAUUGUUUUUUCAAUCACAUAAAUUUUCUGUGUCGUCAUAUGUUCAGAGCGUGCAGAUCCUUAGCUUUAUUAUACUUCAUAGCACUUACAGACUCUUGUGGGUAAAAAGGUAUUCCUGUUUUAUUAAUGGAUAUCAGAUCUGGAAAAAGUGUACCUCAUUACAAAUUAAUUUGGCCAGUAUUAAGAUGCUGGCAUUGUGGAUCCAUGCCCAGUGCCCCGGUCAGUGCCCGCGAUGACCCUGUCUGACUUGCCUUGUAGGCAUUUUCCGUGCUUCUGCACUGGCAGUCGGCAAGGUUGUCCUCAUCUGUGAUGUGGCUGUUGUGUAGUCUGUCUCUUACCGUCACUGGUACAUUUCACUGCCGGACUGUCCCCGCUAACCAGGCAGCCUACUUUUACUGUGAGUUACACAGGAACAAAACGUUCCACACAUUAGCUUUGUUCUCCUAGAGGUAUCUGGUUGUUCUCACACGUUACAGAACCUUAUCUCUGGGCUGUUUUGGGCCUGUCAAACUGUCACCCUUGUUGUCUCUUCCUCCCCCUGCUGGGCAGGAAAAUAUUUUGUAUUUUCUUUGCGAAUUGGUAUGUCUGAUUUUGGCGAGAAGGAGAAACCAUUGCUGCUGCCUGGUUGUGCCGAACGUUUGGGUGAAAGCCAGCAUGUGCUCAGCUUCAGAGUUCUUAGGGCUGCAGGUCAAACUGUCAGAGGAUCUGGCCGCUUGCCUGUACAGCAGUAGGCCGUUCUUCGGAACCCCCAGGUUUACGUUAUCCUGGUGCUCUGCGGUGCUUUGUGAGAGGGGCGUGCCUGACCACCCUGCCAGAGUGAUACAGACCGACUGAUAGACGAGAACUAGUGCUGUGGGUAAGAUCAACUGUAUAUGGUAUGCAUUACACCGGGAGUAUUUUAUAUGUUCUGGAACGUUCUGCAGGUAACUGUCAGAACUCGUUUUAUUUCAGUGUUUUUUGUGACAAAGGAUUACAUGUACUGCAGAUGAAUUCUAGGGUUAUUAAAAAAAAUUGCUGCCGAAAUUGCUUCCUCUCAACGGGUCAGUACCUUCUGUAUGUAUAUAUUUUGACCUCUGUAUAUAGGAAUGGAUGUAUUCACUUCCACCUUUUUUAUUUUAACUUCAUUGCAGGCAUUGCUAACUGCAUUGUGCUUGAAUUUGAAAUUAGACAAUAUGUACAGCUUCAGUAUUUAUGAGAUGAAAAUUAAAAGAGCAUCAUGAGA